CCUGCCGUGGGGACAAGCGGGACGCCACCUCCAGCCCCUAGGCGCCCUGCUGGAGCCCAGGCAGCUCAGCGCGGGAGCGUGCAGCCUGGGGGCCCCGGCGGGGGAGAGAUCAUGGCCCGCCUUUUCAGCCCCCCACCGCCGCCCAGCGAAGACCUCUUCUACGAGACCUACUACAGCCUGAGCCAGCAGUACCCGCUGCUCCUGCUGCUGCUGGCGGUGGUGCUCUGCGCCCUGGUGGCGCUGCUCGCGGUCGCCUGGGCCAGCGGCAGGGAGCUGACCUCAGACCCAGGCUUUCUGGCCACUGUGGUGUGCGCGUUGGGCGGCUUUUCCUUGCUGAUGGGCCUGGCCUCCCGCGAGCAGAGACUGCAGCGCUGGACGCGUCCCCUUUCGGGCCUGGUGUGGGCCGCACUGCUGGCUCUGGGCCAUGGCUUCCUAUUCACCGGGGGCGUGGUGAGCGCCUGGGACCAGGUGUCCUUCUUCCUCUUCGUCAUCUUCACGGUGUACGCCAUGCUGCCCUUGAGCAUGCGGGACGCUGCCGCCGCAGGCCUCACCUCGUCCUUGUCACACCUGCUGGUCCUGGGGCUCUACCUUGGGCCGCAGUCGGGCUCCAGGCCUGCGCUGCUACCGCAGUUGGCAGCAAACGCUGUGUUGUUCCUGUGUGGGAACGUGGUAGGAGCGUACCACAAGGCCCUGAUGGAGCGGGCACUGCGCGCUACGUUCCGGGAGGCACUCAGCUCCCUGCACUCACGGAGGAGGUUGGACACUGAGAAAAAGCACCAGGAGCACCUUCUCUUGUCCAUCCUUCCUGCUUACCUGGCACGAGAGAUGAAAGCAGAGAUCAUGGCGAGACUGCAGGCUGGACAGAGCUCCCGGCCAGAGAACACGAACAACUUCCACAGCCUCUAUGUCAAGAGACACCAAGGAGUGAGCGUGCUGUAUGCGGACAUCGUGGGCUUUACACGGCUGGCCAGCGAGUGCUCCCCUAAGGAGCUUGUGCUCAUGCUCAACGAGCUCUUUGGCAAGUUCGACCAGAUCGCUAAGGAGCAUGAAUGCAUGCGGAUCAAGAUCCUGGGGGACUGUUACUACUGCGUCUCCGGACUGCCACUCUCACUGCCAGACCACGCCAUCAACUGUGUGCGCAUGGGGCUGGACAUGUGCCGGGCCAUCAGGAAACUGCGGGCGGCCACUGGUGUGGACAUCAACAUGCGUGUGGGAGUGCACUCAGGCAGUGUGCUGUGUGGAGUCAUAGGGCUGCAGAAGUGGCAGUACGAUGUCUGGUCUCACGAUGUCACACUGGCCAACCACAUGGAAGCGGGCGGUGUACCAGGACGAGUGCACAUCACAGGGGCUACCCUAGCCCUACUGGCAGGGGCUUAUGCUGUGGAAGAUGCAACCAUGGAACAUCGGGAUCCAUACCUCCGGGAGCUAGGAGAGCCUACAUACCUGGUCAUUGACCCUCGGGCCAAGGAGGAAGAUGAAAAAGGCACUGCAGGAGGGUUAUUAUCCUCUUUGGAGGGCCACAAGAUGCGCCCAUCACUACUGAUGACCCGCUACCUGGAGUCCUGGGGUGCAGCCAAGCCUUUUGCCCAUCUGAGCCACGUAGACAGCCCUAUAUGCACCUCCACCCCACUCCCGGAGAAGGCCUUGGCCUCCUUCGGUCCCCAGUGGAGUCUGGAUCGGAGCCGCACCCCUCGGGGACUAGAUGAUGAGCUGGACACAGGGGAUGCCAAGUUCUUCCAAGUCAUCGAACAGCUCAACUCUCAGAAACAGUGGAAGCAGUCGAAGGACUUCAACCUACUGACACUGUAUUUCAGAGAGAAGGAGAUGGAGAAACAGUACCGGUUCUCAGCACUCCCGGCCUUCAAAUACUAUGCAGCUUGCACCUUCCUGGUUUUCCUCUCCAAUUUCAUCAUCCAAAUGCUGGUGACAAACAGGCCCCCAGCUCUGGCCAUCACCUAUAGCAUCACCUUCCUGCUCUUCUUCCUCCUCCUCUUCAUCUGCUUCUCAGAGCAUCUGACGAGAUGUGUCCGGAAGGGUCUCAAGGUACUUCACUGGCUGCCUGCACUAUCCAGCCUGGUGGCCACACGGCCUGGACUGCGGGUCGCCUUGGGCACUGCCACCAUCUUCCUGGUCUUUGUCAUGGCCAUUGCUAGCCUGUUCUUCUUACCAGCAUCAUCAGACUGCCCUUUUCUGGCUCCCAAUGUGUCCUCUCUGGCAUUCAACUUGUCCUGGGAGCUGCCCGGGUCCUUGCCUCUUGUCAGUGUCCCAUACUCCAUGCACUGCUGCGUUCUGGGUUUCCUCUCCUGCUCCCUCUUCCUGCACAUGAGCUUUGAACUGAAGCUCCUGCUGCUCCUGCUGUGGCUGGCAGCCUCCUGCUCCAUCUUCCUACACUCUCAUGCCUGGCUGUCUGACUGCCUCAUUGCCUGCCUUUACCGAGGUCCUUUGGAUUCAAGGCCAGGAGUGCUGAAGGAGCCCAAACUGAUGGGAGCUAUCUCCUUCUUCAUCUUUUUCUUCACCCUCCUUGUUCUGGCUCGGCAGAAUGAAUAUUACUGUCGCCUGGACUUCCUGUGGAAGAAGAAGCUGAGGCAGGAGCGGGAGGAAACAGAGACAAUGGAGAACCUUACCCGGCUACUCUUGGAGAAUGUGCUCCCUGCACAUGUGGCCCCCCAGUUCAUAGGCCAGAAUCGGCGCAACGAGGACCUCUACCAUCAGUCCUACGAAUGUGUUUGUGUUCUCUUCGCCUCAGUCCCAGACUUUAAGGAAUUUUAUUCUGAAUCCAACAUCAACCAUGAAGGGCUAGAGUGCCUGCGGCUGCUCAAUGAAAUAAUUGCUGAUUUUGAUGAGCUGCUCUCCAAACCCAAAUUUAGUGGUGUAGAGAAGAUCAAAACUAUUGGCAGCACCUACAUGGCAGCCACAGGAUUAAAUGCCACCUCUGGACAAGAUGCACAACAGGAUGCUGAGCGAAGCUGCAGCCAUCUUGGCACCAUGGUGGAAUUUGCAGUGGCCUUGGGGUCUAAGCUAGAUGUCAUCAACAAGCACUCAUUCAACAACUUUCACCUGCGUGUAGGAUUGAAUCAUGGACCAGUAGUAGCUGGAGUAAUUGGGGCCCAGAAGCCACAAUAUGACAUCUGGGGCAAUACCGUGAAUGUGGCCAGCCGCAUGGAAAGUACAGGAGUCCUUGGCAAGAUCCAAGUAACUGAGGAGACAGCCCUGGCACUACAGUCCCUGGGUUAUACAUGCUACAGACGAGGCAUCAUCAAGGUCAAAGGCAAAGGGCAGCUCUGCACCUACUUCCUGAACACAGAUUUGACACGAACUGGACCUCCCUCAGCCACCCUAGGCUGAAACUCCAUCCUCUUCUAAGAUCCUUA